AUGUCCUCCAUCGCCCGACCCCCGGACCCCUGCCUGGUCGCCAUCAUCCUCAUCGUCCGCUCGCGCGCCGGCCCCCGCUUCGUCUUCCAUUACCCCCCCAACCCGCUCAGCGAGAACGGCUUCCGCUCGGCAUCCUCCUCCAAGGCGGCGUCGUCGUCAUCGAUCUCCUCGCGCCGCGCCUCGCGCUCGAAAGCCACGUCUUCCUCCAAACGCGAUCCCAAUGAGUCCAGUUCCAGUGAGGAGAGCGGGUCGUCCUCGGAUGAGGAUGAAGAGGAGCUCAUUAUUCCCCUGCAGCAGCAGCUCAACCAGUCGUCGUCGUAUGUGGUUGGUGGGGGCGGCAAUAGUGGGGUGAAUAGUCGUCGGCCUAGUAGUUUUGGGCUCGGCGCACGGGCUGGGAUUGCUGGGUCGCCUGGUGCGGAGUCGCAGAGGGCGGGGUCCAUUGGGUCGGGGAGGGGGCUGUUGCGCAGUGGUGGUGCUGGGAGUAUCAAGCAACGCGGGGCGAAUUCGGAUGUCGAGGAUGAGAUAUCGAUUGGGGAGAAGGGGGAGGAUGAGGUGGGGAGUGGUAAUGGGGCACGUCCACCCUGGGAGACGUUGCUGGGACUCCCUGCUGAUGUCUGGGAGAAGCUGUUGAGUCCGUCGCGGUCGUGGCAUAAACGGCGGUUCGAGGUCGGAAUCAACGACCUUGCCUUCGUCGGGUGGCCGGUGUUCGUGCGGGAGGACGGCAUGUGGAGGAAAGAGAGGCGCAAGAAGAGGAAGCCUCGUGCGACUUGGGAGGGAGGAGAGCUUGGCCAUAAUGAAAAGCCCGAGGAUGAUGACGAGGACGAUGCUCGAGGGGAGGCGGCCGCGGACCUUUUGGCGGCUUCAACAGAGACUUUGAGUCCGAAGCAGAUGACCCCCGCGGAAUCUCAGCGUGCCUCGAUAACCAGCAUCCACUCGACCAGGGCGGCAAGUGAGUCGCUGGAUGGCGAUGAUAAGGACUCCAUGACUAUGUUCAAUGUGGUUUUUGUGCUGGAUCCGCCUUUAUUGGAGUAUUCCAUGCGCCUCCGGGAAAUCUACGAUAACAUCAUCAAGAAGUUCUCCAAGGCGUUGAAGUGGGAGCAAGCGCGGACGGACUACGUAUGGAGGGAAGCUCGCCAUAUCUCGCACAUCAAGGAGAAGGCGAAGGAAAAGGGAAUGUCCGUCAACAAUCUCUACUCAGACCUUGUUCACCAGUCAUCCCUGGCCAGGGCCAUCUACACCGUAUACACGAGCAUAUCAGCAUCCAAGAUUGCAUCUGUCACCCUGAGUCCGGACGUUUCCAUCUCAUUGCAAAUACCCCCCUUGACUUCGACACCGUUCCUAGCAGGACCGACCGACAAGGCAUAUCCUGGCCUCUGGCUCACCACCGCAGACAGUGUCACGCCGGUUGACGACCCUACUGCUGACGAAAACACUGCGCCGCAUCAGGUAUUAGCCAAGCACUUCGCUUUGUUGCUGCUGGACAACGAAGCAACCAUCUUGAAGGAUGUCGAAGCUUCUGGGGGUGCUUUGGCCCCUGCGCUUGCACAUUAUAUUCGUUGCUCGAAACCUACCAAGUCAUUCGCCCAAAUAGCCGUGACCUCCGGCAUACCACUGUCCACCAUCCAGAUGCUUGCGAGCCAUUUGGUGUACUGGCGAAGAGCGCGGGCGAUCCCCCCGCUUCAUCAGAGAGACACCUAUGUUGUAUCACCAAAUUGUGAUCUGAGCAAAUUGGAAGUGGCGACAGCUGCCUACCAAGCAGCUUUCCCGACUCUGCCUAGUCUUCCUAAGAUGCUAUCGGCCAUGAGCGGAACCCCCAGACCGUACGGAAGCUUUAUCCCCAGCAAAGACCACAAAGUCACAUACUUCGCCAUCUUGGCGUGGUUGCUGCGAGGUGGCUGGGUUACCCAGCUGCGUGCGUUUGCAAGGGUCAAAGUGUCUCCGGAGAUCAAGAUGGCGGUCGAGGCAGCCAUUCGCCGGGAAGAGGUCGACAAGUAUCUGAGCAAGAGCGUCGUCAAGUCGGACGCAGAGGACAGUGACGAUGAUGAUGAUGAUGAUGCAAACUCAUCCUCGUCAUCGUCCCUCGACAGUCAAGAUAGCGGGGAAGAGACCCCAAUGCCCGGCCGGCACAAACCAGGAAAGAAGCUAGAUUUGUCCUAUUCGUUGCUGGACCGGACAACAUCGCUGAGAACGUCUUCUCUGCUUUUAUUCCCUCAUCGCGCCUCGCCGCUCGAAUCCAGAUGGUUAGAUGAAAUCAUGUCGCGAUUCCCCGAGCGCGAUGGACCGGGUACUGGCCGGGACGGCAUCAACUGUGAUGGCCCCGACGCCGACCUAGACCUCGUGGAGCUGCACCCAUCUUUGAAGAAAUACUGGCCUCGUUUCAUCAAGUAUUUCAAUGGAUAUGACGCGCUGGAGAAGAUCCCGGUCCGCGAGAACUUGAAGCGCAAGUUGGUGUGGCAGCUUCUCACGCGUCUCGGACUGGUGACAGGGCAGCAGUCGUCCGUCGAGCUGGAUCCCAGAGAGCAAGUCCUGGUCAGUGUACGUCAUUGGUAAGG